GGAAUGUAUAGUAACCAUCAGAGUCCUGAAGUGAGAUCUGCACUGAUUCUGCAGCGCUGCAAUAUUUCAUCACUGUCCUACUUCAUCAGAGACUACAAAUAUUUCUGGUGGCCCUGAAGUCUCCUUACUUGUAUAGGAUGCCAAAUGAUGCUGAAGCAAAGAGUACUUCAGUUGAACCUUACCAGAAAAGGUUCAGAGCCAUAUGCAUCGGGUCCACCGGGUUUAUAAUACCCAGCGACGUGUUGUCAUUUCUGCAACAAAAUCACAAACCCACGCGUAUCUCCAAGAUCUAUAAAGAUUAAGCUUUGCAGUCACGUUUGGUCUCGGCGGUGGUUCCAAAGAAUGCUACCAUUCAGGGUUUU